AUGGCUGAUUGUCCGCCGUCAGCUAACAUGCCGCUUUCAAACCCCUCCAACAUGGCGAACUCCACAUGCUGCUUCAUUGUCGAAUCGAUCAGCAGCUCUUUCGGCGUUUCACACGCAAGUCGUAAAGCCUCAGAAUGCAAAGGCAGGGCCAAGUUCAACUCUGGUGCAUCAGAAGCAUGGCUGCCGUUCGCCAACAUCAAUCGGGCUGGGCAGUCAGCUGCUGCCUCACCAUGUGACCAGUAUAGCAGCGAUAGCGCAAACAGAAAAAAAGAUGUUCAGGGGAGUGGCACAGGCCAACCGGAUGGCCACAAGCCAGCCGCAGGUCUCGAUCAAAGCCCAGGAGCUGCACCCAAGAAACCUCUCGAGCAACCUGGAACCGAGGCAAAGGACCAUGAGCAGGAAUCUAUAGCGGCAUCCAUGUCUAAAUACCUGAAUCUACCAAUGAUGCCUCACCGUCCGACGAAAGAAGAGCUGUUAGCGGCCGCGAAUGGAUUUUGGGAGAGGUUCAAGGUCAGGUUCAAAUGGAUUUCCAUUCGAAGUAUGAGGCCUUGGAAUAUUGAUGAAUGGGGUGCUUUUGUUUCUUGGUUUAUGCUGGGCCAUAUCGUCUGGAUCUUGGUGGGCACCACGACGUUCUUCUCCAUCCUCAUCUUCUCGAUCAAUACUGUCUUUGCUCAGGAAACGCUCGCGCAGUGGAUUGGAGAUUACCUGACUCAAUCUGCUGGUGUUACGGUUGUCUUCGAAUCAGCCAUAGUGCCCAAGUGGAAGAAUGGCGUUAUCGCAUUUCGCAAUGUGUUUAUUUCAAGACGGCCCGGGCAGAUCGAAUCAUCCGUCAGCAAGGGAUCAUCUGAUGCUGCUGCUGUUGCUGCCGCAGGGCGCCAGGUUCAGCAUAACGGCACUGUUACCGAAGACGAUGGCAACUAUACGCAAUUCGACGUAACGAUCGCAAACGUUAAUGUCACACUUUCAUUCCUCAACUGGUGGAAUGGUAGGGGACUUCUCAAAGAUGUGGAAGUAAAUGGUGUUAGAGGAAUUGUCGACCGCACUUCUGUCCGUUGGCCACUGCAACAAAUCGAUCCAUUUUCUUACCGCCACAAACACCAACCAGGCGAUUUUGAGAUUGAAUCUUUCAAAUUGGAAGAUCUCCUGCUCACCAUUCGCCAACCUGACGGCUUCCGCCCUUUCUCAGUGAGCAUAUACUCCUGCGAACUCCCUCGAUUGAGGAAACAAUGGCUCUUUUAUGAUUUCCUAUCCGCCAGCCAUAUGUCUGGGUCAUUUGAUGGCUCCCUCUUCACGAUCCACCCGCGACAAGUUCACGAGGAAUCCAAAUCGUGGAAAAAAUUCAACCGCCUACGAAUUGAUGGUUUGAAGAUUGACCACCUGAACCGUGGAGUGGAGGGCCCCUUUGGCUGGAUAUAUGAGGGAAACGUCGACAUUGUUGCUGAUGUCAUGUUUCCUGAGGAUAUGGACGACAGUAUUACCAAGGUCGUAACGGAUUUCUAUGACCAGCUGGAGGGCACAGUUAUUGCGAAUCGUUAUCGCUUUCUGCCUCGAGCCCCUACACCCGAGAAAUUCUCAGAGAGCGAGCGCGCAACAAGCGAGAAGAAGGCACAGAAGCAAGCCAACGAGUCUGAGGAAGAUAGACGCCUUGUCAUCAUGGAUUUGCGUAUUCACCUCAAUGACGUCAAGGCUGCCGUGCCUUUAUUCACACCCGAUCUAUCAUAUGUCAACCAGGCUCUUGUUCGCCCCAUUGUGGCCUAUAUCAACGCUAAGAAGACGUACAUUCCCAUCUCUAGCCGCAUCAUCAAGCCGCUAGGCGACUUUGACGGAAGCUGGACAGUCUUUGAUUGCGGGCUCUUGGAUGAUGCAUCUGCCGAGACGUAUGAGGCUUUUGCGAAAGAUGUCGAAGAUCAGCAAAGCCGCGUCAGGCGCUUCCGAAAGGUUGGAUUCUGGACUUUGUCACUGGCCAUUCAUGCUCUAUUCAUGGGUAUGGCUGGAAAUGUGGUCUAA